AUGUUUGUGGAGGAUGUGUUUGUGGUCUUCAGCCAGGAGGAAUGGGCCCUGCUGGACACCACCCAGAGGGACCUCUACAGAGACGUGAUGCUGGAGACUCUGAGAAACCUGGAAGCUGUUGUGUACCAGAGUAUUAUCGACCGUGAGAAGUUACCCCGUGAUUACGGGACCACGCAGUUCAUGAAGACCCACUUCUGGUCCUCCGGGUUGGGAGAAAUCUCCAGAGUUCACGGCGGUCAAGGUCGGCAUAAGAAUCGGGGCGAUCAUCUGAGGGCUCCUGCAGUUGAGUUCCUGCGUGACGGCAGCCAGCCGGCAAACACCUUCAACCAGAUUUCAGACGUUCCCGUGCUUCGAAGCGGGCCCGUGCAAGCACAUCUCUCGGCGUGGUACGGGUGUGCAAAAGGCUACGUGGAUCCCCCAUCAUCGAACCAUCAGGCCCCGUGUUUGGGGUGCCAGCCUAGGCAGCACAGGGAUGUCGGUGAGCCUGGCGGCCGUGCCCCUCAGCUGUCUGUCCCUGUCAGAACGUCGCACGGAAAGCCGGCCCAGACGUGCAAGGUUUGCGGCAAAGAUUUGUCCUGUUGGGCAGCCCUCCGGGGUCCCGUGAGGACCGUCGGGGGCGAUGCGUGCUUUCAGUGGCUCGCCUGCUGCAAGGAGUUCUGCAGGUUCCCACCAUUUUUCCCUCCCGGGCCCGAUCGGAGCGACCGCUGUCCAGAGCACGCCGCAGCCUUCCCCUGUCCACCUCCCGUCCUCAUGCUUCGCAAGACCUUCCACGUGGGCCGAGAGAAGCCGUACAAGUGCACCGAGUGCGGCAAGGCCUUCACACAGUCCUCCAACCUCACCAUCCACCGUCGCAUCCACAGCGGGGAGAGGCCCUACGCCUGCAAGGAGUGCGGCAAGGCCUUCCGCUGCUCCUCGCACCUCAUGACCCACCUGAAGACGCACAGCGGACAGAGGCCCUACGAGUGCACCGAGUGCGGCAAGGCCUUCAGCCAGACCUCCACGCUCACCCAGCACCGCCGCACGCACAGCGGCGCCCGGCCCUACACGUGCCACGAGUGCGGCAAGGCCUUCCGCUGCUCCUCGCACCUGUCGCGGCACCGCAAGACGCACGCCGCGGACCGGACCCACGGCUGCCAGCAGUGCGCCAAGGCCCUCGGGGACCCCGUCGCGCUCGCCGCGAAUGAGGGCCACGUGGUGAAUGUGCAGCAGACACACCCGGAAGGUCCUGUCCGUGCGCCCUGGACACGUGGCCUCCACCGCGGGACCCCGCAGGCGUGGACUGCGACGACGGAGUCGGGAAGGCGCCUCGGCGCGGACUGGGAGCACUGCGCUGCGGCACGCCGAGGCCGGGAAGAGAAAGAUGUGUCCACGCGUCUCCUGGUGUAUGGGAGCCGGAAAAUGGUUUGUGACGGUUCAGCCGUCCAGUGUCCAGUGUGCGCGCAGUGUGGACGGCAGAACAUCGUGCAGAUUUGA